AUGGUGCUGAACCAAGAUGCAGCUGCAAAUAUGGCAAGGUUCCUUGUAGAAGAUGGGUCGCCGAUAAAUGUUUUGAAUGUGUACACCCCUCAAAAAGUGGCUUCUAAAAGGAUGUUAUGGGACAAACUUAAAGAGGUUAUUGGUAGUUUUCAAGGCAUGUGGGUUAUUCUGGGGGAUUUUAAUGUUGUUCGUUGUUCAAAAGAAAGGAAGAAUUCUCGAUUUAAUUAUUCGAGUGCGUGGGAUUUUAAUAGUUUCAUUGAUGAUGCCGGUUUACAUGAAUAUUAUAUGAGGGGAAACAGGUUUACUUUCGUAGCAGAAAACAAUGGAGAUAUCAGAUUGAGUAAGAUUCAUAGAGUUUUUGUUUGCCAAAGAAUUUUUAACAGAUGGCCAACGGCGUGUCUUAGGGCCCUUCCGAGAGAGUUAUCAGACCAUACUCCUUUGCUUCUGUCUUUGGUUGACUCCAAUUCUGGGGUUAAACCUUUCAGAUGGUUUAACUCUUGGUUGGAUAGAGAGGGUUGUCAGGAGGUGGUCUCUAAAGCCUUGGAUGUUGACGCGUGGUCCGUAGGACAACCCUUAAGUGCCUUAAAAAGAUUAAAAUCCCAUACUAUACACGAUUAUUUGCUUGAACUUGGUAACUACGAUAAGUUUGAUGUUGCAGGUGUUAAAGUGCCUAAUGAUUGGCUUUUGAGAAGAUUUGAUGGAAGUUGCAAGAUGGUGGAAACAAGAAUGGAGAAAUAA